UUUCUUGUGCGCUGCAUUCCCCAGGGGAAAAUAGAGAAAAGAACACCACGCCGGAACAUCGCGCCACGCCCCGGCGGCUGGAGCGUCGCGCUCCGAUGCCCCCACCGAGGAUCGCCUUGUCCGCGCCCCACCACGACGUACUCCGCCUCCUCGACGCCCAGGACCUACCCGCCGCGGCGCGCCUCGCGGCCGCGCACGCCUCGUCCCCCCUCUCCCUCGCCGCCGUCCUCCUCCGCCACCCGCCGCCCCGUCUCGGGUACUGCCUCCACGCCCGCGCCGCGCGCGCGGGCCUCCUCAACGACCGCUACCUCGCCAACGCCCUCCUCGCCUUCUACGUCCGCCUCCCGCGCCACCUACCCCACGCGCUCAGGGCGUUCGACGACCUCCCUCAGCGCGACGUCGUCGCGCACUCCUCCAUCCUCGCCGCGUUCCUCCACGCGGGGCUUCCCCGCCGCGCUCUCCAGUCGCUCAGGUCCAUGGCCGCCGGCGCGGACGGCGUCUCACCCAACGCCCACGCAUUCUCCGCCGCCGUCAAGGCCUGCGCUGUGCUCCACGACCGCAACGCGGGCGCCUGCGUCCACGGGAGCAUCCUUGUCCGCGGAUUCAGCGACGAUGACAUCGUGCUGAGUGCGCUAGUCGACAUGUACGGCCAUGCGGCUUCGCCAGGUGAUGCACGGAAGGCGUUCGAGGAAAUGCGCGCCCCUGAUGGGAUAUGCUACACCUCGCUGUUAUCAGCAUUUGUGCGGAACGAUUGGUUUGAGGAGGCUGUGAGAUGGUUCCGGACUAUGGUCAUGACGAAUGGGGUUGAGCUGGAUGGCUGCACAUUUGGUUCAAUGAUGACAGCGCUAGGGAACUUGAGGAGGGUGAGGCAGGGCCGCGUGGCGCAUGCUCAGGUACUGACCCGUGGUCUUUGUGGGAAUGUGAUCGUGGAGAGCAGCACGCUCGACAUGUACGCCAAGUGCGGGGCGAUGUUGGAGGCACGCAAGGUGUUUGACAAGAUGCAGGUCAGGAAUGCAGUUUCAUGGUGUGCGUUGCUUGGAGGUUAUUGCAAUAACACAGAGUACGAGAAGGUUCUUGUGCUGUUUCGACAGAUGGAUAGGGAAUGCGAUGACUCAUAUAGCUUGGGGACUAUUCUAAGGGCAUGUGCUGGCCUAUCUUCUGUAAAGCCAGGAAAAGAGAUCCAUUGCCGGUUUCUGAGGAGUGGAGGCUGGAGAGAUGUGGUUGUUGAGUCUGCACUUGUAGACCUAUAUGCAAAAUGUGGCGCUGUAGACUAUGCUUAUAGAGUUUUUGAAGCAAGCAGUGUCCGUAACACAAUUACUUGGAAUGCCAUGAUUGGCGGCUUCGCUCAGAAUGGCCAUGCUGAGCACGCUAUCAAUUUGUUCAAUCGGAUGGUCAGCGAAGGGGCGAAACCCGACUACGUCAGUUUCAUUGGUGUUCUUUUUGCAUGUAAUCAUACUGGAAUGGUUGAGCAAGGACGGAACUACUUCAAAUCUAUGAGCAAAGACUAUGGCAUUGCCCCCGGAAUCGAACACUACAAUUGCAUUGUUGAUCUUCUCAGCAGAGUAGAACUUCUGGAGGAGGCUGAAGAUCUGAUAAACAAGUCACCUUUCAGAGAUGAUUCGUCCUUGUGGGCACCAAUCCUUGGUGCUUCUUCCACACAUUCAAACCCAGAUGUAGCAGAAAGGGUUGCCAAGAAAAUGAUGGAGUUAAAGCCUCAGUACCACUUGAGCUACGUUCUUCUUGAAAAUGUGUACAGAACAGUUGGACGGUGGGAAGAUGCUUUAGAGAUAAGGAGGCUGAUGAGAUCAAGAAAGGUCGAAAAGGAGCCCGGAAUGAGCUGGAUUGAUGUAAACAGAAGCAAACAACAUAUGUCAAAUGUUAAUGGGGCAGCUUCAGAACUAGUAGCCUCCGAGGACAUCAUCACAUGUGACAACUGACCUUAACAUUUUCUGUCUCUGCUUUUGUUGGCGAUUCUGUCCUGUGAUUGGCUUAUGAGUCAUUCGGAGUUUGGGAUGAAUUCUAGCAUGUAUUGUUCCCAAAAUGCUCUA